UGACUGCGUUACUUAAAGGUUGUUUUAACCUCUGUUCUUAACGCGGGAAGUUAGUUACACUGGUGUUCACGCUGAAAUGGCUGUUGCGAGGCCAAUUGUUAAUGUGUACGGAGCUGAUGGUGCACCUACGCGUGCUACAAUUAAAAUGCCAGCAGUCUUUUCUGCUCCGCUUCGCAUGGAUAUUCUGAACUUCGUUCAUGAUCAAAUGCGCAAAAAUUCAAGACAACCUUACGCAGUUAGUACCAAGGCUGGUCAUCAAACAUCUGCUGAGUCUUGGGGUACUGGUAGAGCUGUUGCUCGUAUUCCCAGAGUGCGUGGUGGUGGUACCCAUCGAUCAGGCCAAGGAGCCUAUGGAAACAUGUGUCGAGGUGGGCAUAUGUAUGCUCCAACCAAGACAUGGAGAAGGUGGCACAGAAAAAUAAACGUACAGCAAAGACGUUAUGCUAUUUGUACUGCUAUUGCAGCUACGGGUGUUCCGUCUCUGGUCAUGGCUCGCGGUCAUCGCUGUGAUCGUGUUCCCGAGCUUCCUCUUGUUGUAUCCAACGAUGUGGAGUCGAUUAAGAAAACUAAAGAUGCCGUAAAGGUGCUCAAAGCAGUUCGGGCGUGGCCUGAUAUACAAAAAGUUUACAACUCCCAGCGCUUCAGAGCUGGAAAGGGUAAAAUGAGGAAUCGACGUCGCAUUCAGAAACGUGGUCCAAUUGUUAUUUACAAAAAAGAUGACGGAAUAACUCGUGCAUUCAGAAAUAUUCCAGGUGUGACUUUGAUUAAUGUCAGAGCUCUAAAUCUGUUGAAGCUUGCUCCUGGUGGUCAUAUGGGACGUUUGGCCAUUUGGACCGAUGGCGCGUUUAGACAGUUGGACAAAAUCUAUGGCACUUGGAAGACAGGAAGUGUUAAGAAGACUGGUUUCCAUCUACCAAUGGCAAAAAUGACCAACUCGGACCUUGGCAGGCUUCUACAUUGCCGAGAAAUCUCCUCGGUUGUAAGGUCUAGGCGUAUGCAUUUGCAGCGUCCAGGUCCGAAGGUUAAGAAGAAUCCACUUAAGAAUCAACAGGCCUUGUUAAAGAUGAAUCCUUUCGCAUUGGGAGAAAAACAUUUCAAAAUGGCUCUUCAGCGUGCCCUGAUCAACGGGAAGCUCAAGCGUAAAGCUGCCAAUAAAGAAAGCGAAGUUCCUGCGAAAGUAGCUAAGAGCGAAGAAGUGAAAUAAUAUUCUAAAAUACACCUGUGUUACCGGA